AUCAUCCUUCCGCUUAUCGCAGGGUUACCAAAGGAAAUAGAUAGGCAAAAUUACUAGAUAGAUAUUAUUUUAUAAUAGUUAGACUUAAAUACUCUAGAUCUCUAGGAUAUAGAUCUUGAAAUCUAGAUCUAUAUAAAUAUACUCUGUACACUUAAGUGGUGCCCAAGGGCGGGGAAGGAUUAGUUUUCAUCAUGGCACAGCCGGCUGCUGUUUUCAUGUUUGCUGGUGCUGUUGCUCUGGGCAUUUUUAUAAAUUUCUCCAUUCAUAAAAUUGAAGAGGGCCAUGUUGGAGUCUACUAUAGAGGUGGUGCAUUGUUGUCCACAACAAGUGAACCAGGCUAUCAUUUCAUGCUUCCAGUUCUAACAUCUUUUAGGUCUGUUCAGACUACGCUGCAGACAGAUGAGGUUAAAAAUGUACCCUGUGGAACAAGUGGUGGUGUAAUAAUUUAUUUUGAAAGGAUUGAAGUCGUCAACAAGCUAGAUACUUCUGCAGUGUUUGACAUAGUCAAGAACUACACAGCUGAUUAUGACAAGACUCUGAUUUACAACAAAAUUCACCAUGAGCUCAAUCAGUUUUGUAGCAGCCACAACUUACAGGAAGUCUACAUUGAUUUGUUUGAUCAAAUUGAUGAAAAUUUAAGAAAGGCACUACAAUCUGACCUGUAUGAAAUGGCACCAGGUCUCACUGUCCAAGCAGUGCGCGUGACUAAACCAAAGAUUCCAGAACAGAUUCGCAAAAAUUAUGAGGCUAUGGAAGGUGAAAAAACAAAAUUGCUCAUUGCCAUACAGAAACAAAAAGUUAUUGAAAAAGAAGCUGAAACCGACAGGAAAAGGGCCAUUAUAGAGGCUGAGAAGAUAGCACAGGUUUCAAAGAUUCAUUGGGAACAAAAGAUUAUGGAAAAGGAAUCUGAAAAGAAAAUGUCUGAAAUUGAAGAUGCUACACAUUUGGCCAAAGAGAAGGCUAAGGCAGAUGCCGACUAUUAUAAGGCUGAAAGAGAAUCUCUAGCUAACAAGGCUAAACUGACCAAAGAGUAUCUUGAAAUGCUUAGAUAUCAAGCAAUAGGCAGCAAUACCAAAAUUUAUUUUGGCAAUAAUAUUCCAAAUGUGUUCUGGGACCCUGCUAUCUCUGCACCUAGUCAAUCCUGUUCUGAUGGCAGCACAUCCACAACGGAGAAGAAAAAGUGAAGCUUGUCUGUCUAAAACAAGUGUGUGCUUCAAAGUGUGACAGCCUUCUAUUCCAUCACGGGUGCCUUUGCUCAAGCCGAAAGCCAACACAUCUUUUUCCUCAAAGUUCUUUAUUGUUUACUUAAAUUUUUAAGUAACUUAAAAUUGUCCCCACCAAUUUAAAGUUGUUUUAUUUUAUUUUGUCAACAUUUUUUUUAUUUUGACAUUUUUGGACAAUUUAUUAAUUUUUUAUAUCUAUUAUUAGAUAAUAGAAAAGCUGUUUGUAGGAUUUUGUUUUCAAAAACUGCAAAGUUUGAAGUGUUUGAACUGUAUCCAUGUUGGAGUAUCACUGUUUUUUCUUUCUUUCAAGUGCAUUAUUUCUGGGCUAUUUUCCAGCACCUCAAUUACUACACUACUGAAUCUUAUGGUUAUUCAGUUUCUUUUUUCAAAAUCAUAAAUUCAUUAGCUCUUUUCAAUUCUCAUUAUUCAUUCAUCUCUACACUUUCUCUAGCACUGGUUUAUGUUCCAUAUACUUAGAAUUUAAAUAUUUAAAAUUUUUGUUUGCCUGUAUGAUUGUAAUAAAAGUAAACGUUAGUAAAGAAGGCAUAAUAAAUAGAUAAGUAUUUAGCUGUAUGGAAACUAGAGAUCUUUAGAACAGGAUUGAAAAGAGUUAUUAUUUUGGACUUGUUUUCCUUGUUUUGUUAUUUAGAAUAGUGCUGUAUUUUUAAAAAAUGUGAUUUAGAAUGUAUUAAUUCCUUUAAGUAAAGCUGAGUAUGUGUAUUGAUUUUUUUGAAAGCAUAGACUAAUGCUUCAUCAGCAAGAAAGUUUUUAAGUGUGAACAUGCUAAUCAUACUUUUUUUUAAAAAUUAUUUUUUCCAAUAUAUGUGUGUAUAAUUAUGUAUUUUUCUUUUAAUUCUGAUUGCAUAAUGAUUAAACUUUCAAUAUGUUCAAUGUGAUCCUUUGUUCUUACCCAAGAUAAUUAAGCUUUAAAAUAGAAUGCUUUAUGUACAGUUAUGUUCCUGACAUUGCUAAUGUAACUAGUUAAAAUACAUUGGGAUUACAUAUCAUUUUGCUAAUAUUUUUUUCCAGUAAUUAUUUUGUAAACAAAUUUUUUUUAAAUGUAUCAAGAAUGGGUUUUAAGGGGUACUUGAUCAUUAUGUUGAAUUAGGCAAUGAAGUCAGGAGUGGCUGCAGAUGUCCUUUCUAUUAAAGCUUUUCAUUAAUCAGAUUAUUUUAAAACAAUUUCUGAAAGGAAAUUCAAGUCUUUGCAUCUUCUAUGAACUGUGGUCAUGUUAUUGCUUACAUUUUCGAAGACCUAUUUAUGGCUGUCUUGAACUGAGCAUUGGUUGUGAGUCACUUUGAAUGGGAUGAUGUAAAUUAUUUUCACAAUUGUAUGAUAGGAAAAACAGUUUUUUAAAAUGAUGUGACUGUUCAAUUGAAUGCGUAGUUCAUCAUUAUGAAUAACUAAGCUUAAAUAAUCAAAUUUUUUAUUUCAUUGGAGAUGUUAUAUAUUUUUGUCUGGCAAGAAUGUUUGUGAUAAAAAUAGUUUGAUUAGAAAAGUAUUUUAAAAUAGUCCCUUUCUAUUUAAAAUAUUUGUUCAGGUUUGCCUAUUAUUUAUUGUGUGUUUAACAGUAAGGAAGUGAAUUUUAUUUUUAAAAACUACUUUAAAGCCAAAGGAUGAUUUGUAGUGUACCUAACAUUAAAAUAUACUACCACUUAGUUUUUUUAUCUUAUGAAUGUUUUUGUGUUAGUUUGUUUGAAAUAAUGUUACACAAAUUUCUAUCAAUUAUUUAGUAAAAACUUUCAUUAGAAUUCUUUACAUUGUAUAAAUAAAAAACACACCAUUAAGUAUUAAAUAACUUUGUAUGCAUUUUUAAAAUACACAAAAUACAUGAUACAAAAUAAUUUUUUGUAAAAAAAUAAAUAUGACUACACAAAUAUAUAGUUAUGUAUAUUUUCAUUUAAAAAUAUUUGAAAUAUCAAUGCACAUUACUUGUGUCAAAAUUUGUGUGCUCAUAUUUAUCAAUUCUUAGCUAAUCAAGCACUGCCGCAAAAUUGCUUUUUCUCUAUCAAACACCUUUGAGUAUUUUUUGUAAUUUCUAUGUUAAAAAUAAGAUCCUAAAAAGUUUCCAUUCCAUGUUUAAAAGAUAUUAUGGUACCUAAAGUAAUUCACCUUUUGUAAAUGUUCAUUAUUUUUAAGAUUGUUAUGAAUAAAUUUGAAUUAAAAAAUUGUUUAAGUACUAAACUGUUCUAUACUGUGUGUGAAUUAAAGUAUUCACAGUUUUUAUUGACUAGAAAGUUUUCUAUUAAACAUUACCUAUAAUGGUUUCCUUG